UUUAGACCUAGCUUCAAGAUGAUGGUCAGAGGAGGAAAGCAGUACUGUAAGUUUUACUUACAAGGUCACUGCAAAAACGGUGCAAAAUGUGCUUUUGAACACGAACGGCCUAAGUGUCACUUCUACAGUAAAGGGAUGUGUUUCCGUGGUAACCUGUGUUACUUUGUCCACGCUGAGCCUGAACAUACUGAUGCUGCGCUGAUGAUAACAAAGAUAGAUGAGAUAGGGGCACUACCCUUCAAGUCCCCCCCACCUGUGUGCCAGACCAAUCUAACACGUGAUGGCUUAGUCAGGAAACUGAGGGGCAUCCAGAAGAGAGCUGGUACGGUGGAGGACUACUAUGAGCGAUUCAAUGAGGUAUUGGAAGAAUUUUACCUGUACGAGAUAACAAGAGACGAUAUGAUCGAAGUGCUCCAGAUACUAUGUGAAGACGAUGAGGUCACCAACGUGUACAAAUUUACCAUUACAACCAUAUUUGAAAACUGGUGCAUUUCCUGCCGACAUUGGGCCGACUUCUUCCUGGCACUCCUGAUGGGAGAUAAAACUGAGUUGACAGACGAACAAAUGCUUGAUGCUGUCAAGAACUUUGAUUCAGAACAAAGUCUGGUGAUGAUCGGAACGCUGAUUGUAGGUUUAUUGACUCUAGAAAAGCAGGAGCUAGCACUGGCACUGCUUCUACGUCAAUCUGAUGGCAAGUCUUUACAGGAUUUCUCGGUAUAUCUCAAGAUCCUUGCAGCGUAUCUUCAACCUAGUGUUAUAGCGUCUUUUCUGCGAACACACAUUCAGCAGUACAACGUUCAAGAAGACGAAUUCUGCAGAUGCCCUACGUACGUGUGCCGCUGUCCCACUAAAGUAGACCCUGGUCGAACAGCUGACAUGGUGGACACCAUACAAGAAGUGGUGGCUUGGACCGACUUCGAAAAACGGGACUUUAUAAAGACCAUGUGCCACGGUCUGUUCAAGCGUCCUGACAUCCAAGAAAUAGCUGACAUAGUGAGAUUUGAGAACGACAUGGUCAGAGCUGAAGCAGUUUGCGACACCUUGGCUAAACCAAUGUCUGAUGUGGAGAAACAGCAUCUUCGUCGUGUCUUCCACCGAGCUUUCGGUGUCCAUCCUAGAGCUAUAAACUACCACCUAUCUCAAACUGACCCGCUGAGAAGACGCCAGACGAUAUUGAAACUUGGCAUAGACCCAAACGAGAUUCUGAGUGCCGGAGAGGUCUGGAGUGGCAUCUACAAACCCUUAGAGAUAGAAAAUAAGGAGAACAAGAUGAACGUAGAGGCGCUGGAGAAUGAUAAGUGUCAGUCGCCCUAUAUAAACUGUAGGAACAGACCUAAAGAUGUAUGUGACCGCGGUUUAUGUCGGAGAUGCUGUGUCGACUUUGGUAAAAAGAUGGGGACAGAUUGUUACGGACACAUGUUGUUCUUCACAGAGGGUGAUUUUAGCGAUUCAGAGCAGGAUAACUCAGUUAACAAGAGACGAGAGCUAGGAAUGGUGCCAAAAAUAAACUUCCCCUACUUUAAACCUCGUGUCAGUUUGUACGGUGAACCCAAUCUUGAUGAGGCUAUACGCAGCAAAUGCAGGUAUCAGAGAAUAGAUUGCGACCCUAGCUUCCACAUCCAAGAUGACCAACUCAUUAAACUUGUCAAGAAGUUUAGCACUGAUGUAAGAUGUCUUUCUAUUGGGAGCAAAGAAACAAAGGCAGGGUUGGAGCUGACAAAAGAAAGUCUUCAAGAACUUAGCAAAUGUAGAAAUCUACACAAGCUGUCUUUAGAAUGCUGUGUUAAUGUUGACGACGACACGUUUAAGAGAAUACUGGAGGGAUGUCCUAAACUUAAGUAUUUAGAGGUAUCAGGUUGUCACAAGCACACGGGGAAGUUAACGAGCAAGUCUCUAGAGUACCUGUUCAGUGAGUCCAGUCACCUUCAGUUCCUUAACAUUGAGUUCCAGAGAGAAAUAAGCGCAGAGAUACUGGCCCGAUUGAAACGACGACGCCCAGCGUUGGUCACGUGCGACGUUUACACGAACGAGAAGCGAACUGCUGACAGUCAGAUGCAACACAUGAUUAGACAACUUACAGAGCUUACUCCAAGCGAAGGGGGCGAGAUCAUCUACAGUUCAGUAUCAGAGAGUAGUGAUGACGACAACUUGAACAUCAGUGCAGCUGACAGGAUGAGCAAGGAGGCAGACGAGUUGAUCAUGAGGUUCAGUCCAGAGUGUGCGUUUGCAAUUGGAGCGGGAGGUAAAGCAGUACCGUUAGCUAAUAUAGAGGAGGAGGAGGGGGAGGGGUUCGGGGGGUUCUCUGUGUCUGAGUGCGAUGAGCUCUUGCAGCAAGGAGUGAAGCCGUGGGAAGAGGACGCUGCAGCCGUCCUGGGAGUCCUCAACGGGGAUUGGGCAGAUCUGAGCUGAUGGGUGAAACCACGGCAACCAAAAGAUGUGCGUGUACGUGUGUUAUCAAACAUGAUCUCUAUUAACUUAUUAGCAGACUAUAAGACUAUGUAAAAUUAGCUUUUAAAUUGGUGUUCAAAACAGAGUCUAUUUAUGGGUUUAGGAUUUUGAACGUAUUUUUCAAGAAAUGAUUUCGACUCUCCCUCUCGUUCAACUUGUAAUUGAUUGAUAUGUGAUAUGUAUGCUUUCUUUUAAUCAAGUUGAUGCGAUAAACGGUGUUCUUUGACAGUGGACACACAGUGGGUUACCUUAAAACAUUGUGCUGACUGACUUUUUUAUCGCAUGAAAAUUUUAAUAACUUAUUACAAGUUAGUUAACUCAACAAGUGAACGGAUAAGCUGAAUUACAUAAUUAGAUAAGAAUCUUACAUUCAUUGUUUGAAUACCAUAAAAUACUUUAUCUCUUAGAUGUUUUAUGCACUUUAAUAGUUUAUACCUGAUAUGGAACCACAUUUUUUACUUUAACCAUUACAAGAUUCUCGUUCUUCUGAACACCGAGGUAUAUAAUUAAUAUAUGAUGAAUUUUAGUUGUGUUAGGAAACCGAUAGUUUGAAUUGUAUGUGGUUAGUUUGGGGACCCCAUUUUGUAAAAAUAGUGAUUAAAAUGCUGGUUUUAUUGAUUUAAUUUGGCAUAUGUUUUCUGGUCCUUUCCUAGGAAGUUUUGCUGUGAUUGAUUGUCAUUUAACCUUUCAAGUAGUUACAUUCCGGCACUCUGGAUCUUAG